GCAACUGCAAAAUUUUAGUUAGUUCUGUGUCUGAAAUUAGUAUCGUAUUUGACCAGAAUAAUGAAAAUAAAUACAGUAAAAUUAAGAAAGUCAUGCGUAAUUCACACAUAAUCAAUGAGUAAAAUAUCACAAACAGUGUAAAAAAUAGUUUUUCUAAAAUGUCUGUUGAUACUCGUCUGCUUUGAUAAGUCAUCAGUGAACAAUUUAUUAUGACGAUAUAAUUACCACUGAUCAAAAAUGACUGAAAAGGGUUACGAAGGUGAGCAUUCGAGUCCCGUGUGGGACAUGCCCGGCCCGUCAUCGCUGGCCGCUAUUUUGGACACUGCGUUUACUUCUUCAGCGUCUGACAACCCCUCGAGGCAUGAAGAUAUGGAAUGCGAAGCCUUGUUCGCCGAGAGCGACGACGACGUGGAAGUUUUGCCGGAGCCUUUAGAGGCCAUUUCGUCUGGCAGAAGCGACCAUGCCCCCAAACGUGUCAUAUCAUCGAAUUACGUUAAUUCCACAUCACCUGCUCAAGCGUUUCAAGUAAACGUCACGCCAUUACCGCACCCCGCCUCAGCGCGUACACCCAUUCCUGAUGAGUACCAGCCGCUGCCAGAUAGCUCCAGCUCACUAGAUUAUGUGCUUGGGGUUACUGGUACUGAUGGUGCUCACCGCAUGACCUCUAUUGGCCAUGGAAGGAUACCAGAUCUCAACAUGAGGUACCAGCCUAAGCCUGUGCCUAUGAACCAACAAAGAGGGUUUUACUUUCCCACCUACUCUCAUUAUGGGCAUAGUGUGAGGCCCACACGGGACUAUGUAGUUGGACCACACAACACUAAUAAUGUUAUUGUGGUCAGUGAUGACAGGAAUUUCUUAAAUAAUCCAAUCAAUUAUACAGUUCCUGUUGCUGAACCUCCUCCACGGGAUCCUAUUCCAAAUAUGACAUAUCAGACUUUACAACCUGCUGUAGAAAAUAUCUUUGAAAGUCAUGGGUCUGCUGCCUCUAAUCUUCUAGAUGCCUCUUCAAGUAAUUUGGAGAGACCAAGUCGUAAGCUGAAUAUAUCUCCCCGGAGGAGACAAUCUAAAGAGAAUGAAGUCAAUCCAAACUUGAUUGAAGUAAGCUCAGAAGAAGAAGACAACACUUCAACCCCAAGGAAACGGCAGAGUGAGAACAGUGUCGAGCAGCAACAAGCUGCAGACUCAGAAUACCCCGUCCAUAGUGUCCAUGCUGCUUCUAGUAGUGGAAAUGGUGCAUUAGAUCUAGCCUCUCCUCAGAUAAAGAGGGAACCAACUGAAGUUGCUACACAAGCAGCUGGAGAUGCAGAGAUGACCAGACACAGCCAGCCCGGGCAUGUGUGUGCUGGAAGACUAGGGAAUGGGCAUUACAUUACACCAACACAGCCCACCCAUUAUGUGCACAACAACCAUGUGAAACAAGAAAAUCGAACUUGUGCCAAUGCUCAUGGGCCACAUUGUUCUUGUUCUAUGAACCAUGUCCAUGGAAAUUGCAUGCACACUCACUUGGGGCAUCAUCGGGACUUUUGUCAUAACAACCCUUCCCAUAUAGAAGCACAAAACCUACAACACCACCACCAUCACCAUCACAGAAUCAGGCCUUGUGUUCAUAAUAAUGCUGUCAACAUGAAUCCAACCACAUCUCGGGUCAAGGAGGAGCCUGUCACUCAGAUAGCAGUUAAACAAGAAGCAAAUACUUCAGUUCCACCCAAUAGUGAACCAAUACUAGUGCAGGUUCCAGUAACUAAAAUAGAAUCUCAACAAGCUCAAGUCAAAACCGAGCCGGGACAGACAAGUUCUGAAAGCAGUAGGGUUGGGGAGCAAGUAAGUGUGAAGGCGGAAGGUGACACGCAGAGGCGGCGUGACAUGGACGCCGCGGGCGACCGCCAGGAGCCCUCGCCGCAGCCGGGUCCCAGCUCUGGAAGAAGUGCACCAGAUUCAGAUAGUAAACCUAUAAAUGUGGAUAAUAAGGAAGAAAGUUCCACGUCAACUGGAAAUGAGACAUUAUUGGCCCCGGAUUUGCAGUUGGAUUGGGUGUCAGACUCAAGUUCAGAUGACGAUGUACAAGUGUUGGAAGAAGACCCCAGUUUUCGCGAGGUGAUCGACCUGACGUCGCCGCGCGCGCCGAGCCCGGCGCCGGCGCCGGCCGCCUGCUUCUCCCAGCCGCGCCCCGACCUGCUGCUGCAGGCGCCGCCGGCGCAGCACUUCAUGCGCACUAGGGUACGCGUCGGUGGCUGCGUGGUGGCGUGCCGCGGCUGCUGCUGCGCGCCGCACGCGCCGCACGCGCACGCGCCGCUCGUGCGCGCCCCGCGCGCGCACCAUGCGCCCCACCUGCACCCUCUUCGCGACGUACCGGCACCGCCGUACCGCGUGCACGAGCAGUUGUGGCACAGCCAACGGCACAUGCUGGAGAUGCAACGACGCAGCAUGGCGCGCGAGUCCGCCGGCGGCGGGCUGGCGCACUUCCCGCCGCCCCCCACCACUGUGCUCGGGGUGAGUCCCCCCCCUGUCCCCGCAGGCGAUGCAGCGGGCGGCGGGCUGGCGCACUUCCCGCCGCCCCCCACCACUGUGCUCGGGGUGAGUCCCCCCCCUGUCCCCGCAGGCGAUGCAGCGGGCGGCGGGCUGGCGCACUUCCCGCCGCCCCCCACCACUGUGCUCGGGGUGAGUCCCCCCCUGUCCCCGCAGGCGAUGCAGCGGGCGGCGGGCUGGCGCGAUGCAGCGGGCGGCGGGCUGGCGCACUUCCCGCCGCCCCCCACCACUGUGCUCGGGGUGAGUCCCCCCCCUGUCCCCGCAGGCGAUGCAGCGGGCGGCGGGCUGGCGCACUUCCCGCCGCCCCCCACCACUGUGCUCGGGGUGAGUCCCCCCCUGUCCCCGCAGGCGAUGCAGCGGGCGGCGGGCUGGCGCACUUCCCGCCGCCCCCCACCACUGUGCUCGGGUCCCCCCCCCCCUGUCCCCGCAGGCGAUGCAGCGGGCGGCGGGCUGGCGCACUUCCCGCCGCCCCCCACCACUGUGCUCGGGGUGAGUCCCCCCCCUGUCCCCGCAGGCGAUGCAGCGGGCGGCGGGCUGGCGCACUUCCCGCCGCCCCCCAUCACUGUGCUCGGGGUGAGUCCCCCCCCUGUCCCCGCAGGCGAUGCAGCGGGCGGCGGGCUGGCGCACUUCCCGCCGCCCCCCACCACUGUGCUCGGGUUUCCUGAUUACUUCGAACGGCUAGACACAAACGGACCUAACGUUGAUUUUGAAUCAACAAGACCUAUCUUAAUGCAAGGUCCCCACGUGCACCACCACAUGCACCACUACCUGCAGAUGUACCCGCCACACUUGCAUAUCUCCAUACAUCCUUCGGGCUACGGCUCGCUGUCGGAGGCCAUGUCCCGCGAGGCGGCGGUGGCGCGGCGCGCGGCGCGGGGCGCGUCGCUGGCGGUCAUCGAGCGCAACACGUACCGCCACGCCUACCCGCGCCAUCCCGGCAUGCCCGACGAGAAGUGCACCAUCUGCCUCUCCAUCUUCGAGGUGGACUCCCACUGCAGGCGACUCCCUUGCAUGCACCUGUUCCACAUGGAGUGCGUGGACCAGUGGCUCAGCACUAACAAGCACUGCCCCAUCUGCCGCGUCGAUAUCGAGACGCACCUCAACAAGGAUGCCGCCUUCUAAAAAAGUUGUGGGGCGGCGGCGAUGGCCUGCUGCUGCAGCUCCAGCGACUCCUGCUGCAGCUCGUGUGUCUGCUGCUUCUGUGCAUUACAGCUCCUGUACACAAACAAUACUACUGCCACUAUGUAUAUAUGCAUACAAACACAUUUUAUUCACUAACUAUAAGUUUAUAAUUGUUAUAUUUUUAAAUCUUAUUACAAUGUUGAGAGCCAGAGAAGUGGCUCAUGUUGAUUUUCAUUAAGAUAUAAAAGGCGAUUUCACUUAGUUUUGUAAAGAGAUGAUUUGUUAUUUUGAUCAACUUGAUAUUAAAUAAGAAAAUAUAGUUGAACUUUAUUAAUAAUGUUAGUAUAAAAGUAUAUCAUGCUUUAAUAAAGGUUUUUUAUACAA